AUGGAAAUGCUCCCAGGCUGUUCUUGGAGGAACUGGAAUCCAGCCAUGCCAGAGAUGAGAGACCUUGCUGAGCAUUGGGCUUUCAAGUACCACCCAGAAAGGCUUACGAUGUUAGAAGAUCGAUUAAGAGCAGGAUUGUGUGAUCGCUGUGCAGUAACUGAAGAACAUAUGCGGAAGAAGCAACAAGAGUUUGAGAGUAUUCGGCAGCAGAAUCUUAAACUUAUCACAGAGCUUAUGAAUGAAAAGAACAGGCUGCAGGAAGAAAAUAAAAAGCUUUCUGAACAGCUACAGCAGAAAAUUGAGAAUGAUCAGCCACAUAAAGCAACUGAUCUUGAAUCCGAGGAAGAUGUUAUUCCAGAUUCACCAAUAACAACCUUUUCAUUUUCUGGCACUAAUCGGCUACGAAGAAAGGAGAACCUCCGCGUCCGAUAUGUAGAGCAAACACAUGCUAAACUGGAACACUGGCUAGACUGGGAAAAAAAAACCCAUCUGAAAACAGUGCCCCUCAGCAACACUUGUGCUUCUGGACUAGAGAAACCUAGAUCAAAAUCUGAAGAUGGAGCCCUUAUCACACAUCAUCUUCUUGGGACUGAAGUAAACAAGAUCCCUAAUCAGUCAUCUUCUAAUAAGCAGAUGCUUAUAAAUAAAAAUACAAGUGAACCCCUAAGUGAGCAGGAUAGUAUUGAUCACAUUAAAGAUACUGAUAAAGAUAAACAUGUGGUACCCCUGAAGUCACUAGGAGGCAGAACCAAAAGGAAGAAAAUUGAGGAAGAAAGUGAAGAUGAAGUAAUCUGUCCCCAAGCCUCCUUUGAUAAAGAAAAUGCUUUUCCUUUUCCACUGGAUAGUCAUUCUUCCAUGAAUGGAGACUAUGUGAUGGAUAAACCUCUGGAUUUGUCUGAUCGAUUUUCAGCUAUCCAGCGUCAAGAGAAGAGCCAAGGAAGUGAGAACUCUAAAAUCAGAUUUAGGCAAGUGACUCUCUAUGAGGCUCUGAAGCCCAUUCCAAGGGACUCUUCCUCAAGCUGCAAGGCCUUGAGCAGGAGCUGUGAGCUAAGCAAAGACUCCCCAGAAGAGCCCUGUUUACAGGAGUCCCUUUUCCAGUCCUUGAGUAAAUCUCCAGAUAAUAAAACACUGUUACAAAUAAAGGAAGAAAACACAGUAUUUAAAAUCCCUCUUCGUCCACAUGAAAGGUUGGAGACAGAGAAUCUUUUUGAUGACACAAAGGGUGCUGGUUCUCAUGAGCCUAUAAAGAUAAAAACCAGAUCCAUGCGUGGAGCAUGUGAAGUUGCAUCAGUUCUUCAGUUAAAUCCAUGUAGAAUUGCUAAAACAAAACCUCUACAAAACAACCAAGAUGUAUCCUUUGAAAAUAUCCAGUGGAGUAUAGAUCGAGGAGCAGACCUUUCUCAGUAUAAAGCGGAUGUUCCUGUAGAUGAUACAAAGGAUGGCAGUCAGUCAAGGUUAGCAGGAGAGACAGUGGACAUGGACUGUACGUUGGUUAGUGAAACCAUGCUCUUAAAACUGAAGAAGCAAGAGCAGAAGGAAGAAGAGAGUCCAAAGGGAGAAAGAAAGAUGAAUGAUAGCUCGGAAGACAUGUUUGAUCGGACGACACAUAAAGAAUAUGAGUCCUGUUUGGCAGAGAGCUUCCCCCAGGUAGCAGAUGAAGAGAAGGAAUUGUCAACUACUACAAAAAAAACAAACACUCCUGGUGAUAAACAAGAUAAAGUCAAACAGAAAGCAUUUGUGGAGCCGUAUUUUAAAGGUGAUGAUAGAGAGACUGAAUUACAGAAUUUUCCUCAUAUUGAGGUGCUUCGGAAGAAAGAAGAGAGAAGAAAAUUACUUGGACACACAUGUAAGGAAUGUGAAAUUUAUUAUGCAGAUUUUCCAGCAGAAGAAAGAGAAAAGAAGUUGGCUUCCUGCUCAAGACACCGAUUUCGCUCCAUUCCACCCAACACACCAGAGAAUUUCUGGGAAGUUGGUUUUCCUUCUACUCAGACUUGUAUGGAAAGAGGUUACAUUAAAGAAGACCUUGAUCGUUGUCCUCAUCCAGAAAGACGGCAGCCUUACAAUGCAGUGUUUUCUCCAAAAGGCAAAGAGCAGAAGACAUAA